AUGAUCUCUCUGCACGUGAGAGACAAGGGGAAGGCAGCUCCAUCCGAGCCUGAGAGACCCAAAUCCACCAUCCCCAAAAGUGUCAAGGUCAAUCCGGUAGACUACCUGAAGUAUCGGGACUUCAACAAUAAAUACUGUUUCGGUGUCCAUGCCAUUAAAGCACGGGGCACCAGUGCAGACCAGAUUACACAGGCACUCAGUACCACGAACUCACGUGAUGUGGAUACCGAACGCACCAGCCUCGUAGACAGCGCACUCGACGAAUGGGCUCUACUUUCUACUGCGGGUUUGAGUGAUGUACCGCUUGACUGUCUUGAUAAGAUGCGUCAAUGUCGCUUCCAGUCUGCCAUCUUCGUCCCCACAGAUAAUCUCACUUUUAAGGCCGAGUUUCAGUGGUUGAUUACCAACCGCAUGGGCGUUGUCUGGACUCAGACCUCUCGAAAGAAUUUAUUUUAUGCUGAAAAGUGGUUGGCCAAGAUGUCCAAAGGUUUAUUUACGCACAAUCUUCCAAGAGAAUGUAGCAAUCCCAUCAUACUUGCUACUGCAUUACAAUUUAAAGAGGAAAUUAAUAGGACUUUCGGUCUACUGGAUUUGUUGGGUUUUCGUAUUCCAGGGAGGUGGACUCAACCUUUGGAAUUCUACGGUCAUUCCAAAGGUUCAUUCGAAGUGUCACCUACCUCGAGAGUCGAUAUUCCCAUGCUCAGAGUUACAACGAAGAUUAUCUACUACAAGGAUGCCAAGAAAGGCUUCCAUUUGGUUGGAAUUCCACUACAGGUGAAUAUGACAUUUGUACAAUUGAGGAAUAGAAUUCUGCCAUGA